AUGACUGACGCACUAGAAGAUCACCAAGGAACAGUUAGCAUCGGAGGCAGAACAAUUACCAACUUACUUUUUGCUGACGGCAUUGACGGCCUGGCAGGAAAAGAGGAGGAACUAGCCUCUCUUGUGGAUCGCCUAGAUAAGACCUCUGCAGCCUUUGGCCUGGAAAUCAGUGCAGAGAAGACCAAACUGAUGACCAAUAACGCGAAUGGUAUCAGCAUUGACAUUAGAAUCCACGGUGAAAAACUGGACGAGGUUGAUAGCUUCAAGUAUCUGGGCGCAGUCGUCACAGAUCAGGGUUCCAAGCCUAAAGUACUGUCCAGAAUCGCCCAGACAACAGCAGCACUAGCGAGGCUGAAGACCAUCUGGAGUGAUAAACAUAUCUCUCUAAGCUCGAAGAUCAGACUAAUGCGCCCCCUAGUUAUCUCUGUACCAUUGUACGCCUGCGAAACUUGGAGAGUGACAGCGGAAAUCCUGAAGAAAUUGCAAGCCACUGAGAUGAGAUGCUUUCGGAAACUGCUUGGCUUCUCAUACAGAGAUCACAUCACUAACGAUGCAGUCAGAGACAGAAUCAGGCAAGCCAUUGCGCCCUGUGAUGAUAUCUUAACCAUGGUAAAGAAACGCAAGUUAAAGUGGUUUGGGCAUGUAUCAAGACGAUUUUACAAGGAACACUGCAAGGAGGGAGAAGAAGGGGCCGACAAAAGAAGCGUUGGGAAAACAACAUCGCUGAAUGGACAGGGCUGA